AUGUCAAAUCCCCCCACCAGUCUCUUCGCAAGCAUCCUCACCAAGGCGAUCUUUAUCUUCACGGUCAACAUGAGCACCAACACCUCGGUCACGCCCUUCCCCGGCGUGUUCACUUCCAGUGUCACUCCUGCCGAUCUUCCUUGGGAUACGUACAACUACUGCAACGCCCCUCACGUCAACGCCAAGCACUACGAACGACCUCCUCAAGCCAAGGAUGCCAAGCUCGUCUUUGUCAACGUCGUGCAACGUCACCACAAGCGCACACCGGAUAACCUCUAUCCGAACGAGAACGUCUUCAACCCGGCUACGGGCUGGGACUGCUCCAACUACCAGCAGAUCUCGUACGGUGUGGGAGCCAACCAAGAUGCCAACCUGCAAGGCCAUGGAAUCUACCGCAAGAUAGAGAACCCUUCGUGGCACCCGCUCAACAGCAUCAUCUGGAACGGAACGUGCGAUCAAGGCAUGUUGACCGCCGACGGUCUGCGGGACAGUAUCCAGCACGGCCGCGACUUCUGGUCUGUGUAUGGACCUUACGGAAGCAACCCUCUGUUGCGCCAGGGAAUCAACCAGCGUGAUGUGUACUUCCGCACGUCGAACAGCGAUCGCACGUACCAGGUCUCUGGCGGUCUGCUCGAGGGCAUGAACGGCUGGACUUCGCCUGGCAACUUCCCUGUGCAUACGCAGCCGAGCAACAUGGACGACAUUGUGCCCAACUACUCGUGUGGCUACGCCAACGGCUUCCGCAGCUGCGAGCAGUCGCUGCCUGCGUGGAACAACCACCUGAGCAACAAGACGUCGCUGUUUGCCGCGCUGAACAGCGUGGUAGGCACUGCGAGCCAGAGCGGCUGGAACAGCUGGAUCGACCACCACUUUGAUGCGAUGGCUUCGCGCCAGUGUCACGGCCACGACCUGCCCAAGAAUCCGGCUACGGGCCAGAGCAUCUCGCAGGACCUCGCCAACCAGGCGUACAACGAAGGCCACUGGGAGUACGACUACAUUUGGAACUCGGGCGCGGGCGCCGACGACUAUGUCAAGUACGGCUUUGGCGUAUUUGUGCAAGAGCUCAGCAGGAACCUCAAGGCCUUUGCUAAUGGCGAGGACACGCACAAGUUGAAGUGGUACGUUGGACAUGACGGCACCAUGGUUAGGCUGUACAAGAGCCUGGGUCUGGCUGGGCAGUUCAAGUGGCCCGCCAUGGGAUCCGAGGUGGUCAUCGAGGUCUACGAGCAAAAGGGCCAGCACUACAUUCGCAUUCUGAAGGACGGAAAGACGAUGCAGACUGUGAACAAGGAUCUGGUCUCGGAUGGUCAGAGUGGGAUCGCUUGGACCCCGCUCAAUAAGCUGACUGCUUACCUGGAUUCGAGGGUGCCCAACGACAUUUACUCCAAGUGUGUGCUCGGAAAGUAG